GAUAAACCUUACACGCUCUCUGUCGCAUUCGCCCUCUUCCUUUUCUUUUCUGAAAAGGGUCGCAUUCGCUCUCUCUUUUCCGUUUCCAGUUCCACAAUGUGAAACAAGAGUAGCCGUCCAAGUCAAAAUAUCUUCCCAAAUGGCGAUUCGUCACCACUAAUCGAAUUCUUCCUCGUUCCUUUAAAGCUGUGAUGAGCUGCGAUUAUGGGAGGCGCGAGGUUGAGGAUCUGGAGUGGGAGUGGGCGGCGACAGAUGAGGAAUUUCGCCUUACAAGUUCUGCUGGGCCGAUGGUUCACCGUCUUCGCUUCUUUACUGAUCAUGGCCGUUUCCGGCGCCACCUACAUGUUCGGACUCUACUCCGCCGACAUCAAAUCUUCACUGGGUUACGAUCAGACCACCCUCAAUCUCCUCGGCUUCUUCAAGGAUCUGGGUGCAAACGUUGGAGUCUUGUCCGGCCUCAUCAAUGAAAUUACGCCGCCCUGGGUCGUUCUCUUCAUCGGCGGAGUCAUGAAUUUCUUUGGCUAUUUCAUGAUUUGGCUCUCUGUCACUCAACGAAUCGCCAAACCCAAGGUGCCCGCCAUGUGUUUGUAUAUAUGCCUAGGUGCUAAUUCUCAGACCUAUGCUAAUACGGGAGCUUUAAUCCCUUCCGUGAAGAAUUUCCCGGAGUAUCGAGGUAAUGUAUUGGGUUUAUUGAAAGGGUUUGUUGGUUUAAGUGGGGCUAUUUUGACUCAGCUUUACCAUGCUUUUUAUGGGGAUGACUCUAAGGAUUUUAUAUUGCUCAUUGCUUGGCUGCCCACUGCUGUUUCUUUCCUGCUUCUUCGGAUUGUUAGAGUAGUGGAAGUAGAUCAAAGAUCCAAAUCCAACGAUCUCAAGAUUUUCUAUCAUUUGCUAUACAUUUCCCUUGGUCUUGCCUGCUUCCUCAUGAUUUUGAUUAUUAUUCAAAAUGAGCUCGUGUUUACUAGAAUUCAGUAUUUGGGUUGUGCGCUUAUUCUCCUAGUGCUUCUGUUUCUCCCCCUUGCUGUUGUCAUAACAGAAGAAUUCAGCAUUAAGAAGAGAAAAUUGCAAGCUUUGAAUGUAACUUCUUGGCUUUCGGACCCAUCUCCAGCUGAAUUACCAUCGUCUAGACCACCACAUCUGCCGACGGCUGUCGUAGCUGUAGCUAACCCAAGUUCUUGCUUUGAAAAUGUGUUCAGACCCCCCGAAAGAGGAGAGGAUUACACCAUUUUACAAGCAAUCUUCAGCAUAGAUAUGUUGAUUCUGUUUGUUGCCACAAUUUGUGGGACUGGUGGGACUUUGACUGCAAUAGACAACUUGGGUCAGAUAGGCAGCUCCCUUGGCUACUCAACUCAUAGCAUUUCUACUUUCACUUCCCUCGUGAGCAUAUGGGGCUUUCUGGGUCGAGCAUUUUCGGGUUAUGCUUCUGAAUUCUUAUGGACAAAGUAUAACUUCUCACGCCCUCUGUUCCUCACUCUUGUGCUUCUUCUCUCUUGUAUUGGUCAUCUUCUAAUUGCCUUUGGAGUCCCAACCUCCCUUUACUUUGCUUCAGUGAUCAUUGGAUUUUGCUUUGGAGCACAAUGGCCAUUGAUUUUCGCUAUUGUAUCUGAAUUAUUUGGCCUAAAAUACUAUGCAACUUUGUACAGCAUAAGCGGAAUUGCUAGCCCAGUUGGCACAUACAUUUUCAGUGUCAAAGUGGCUGGCUAUUUGUAUGACGAAGAGGCUAGAAGGCAAAUGGCAGCCAUUGGGCUUAGAAGAGUAGCUGGAGACUUAGCCUGCAAGGGCGUCCAAUGUUACAGAUUAGCUUUUCUUAUAAUCAGUGCUGCAACCGUGUUCGGUUGUAUUGUUUCAUUCAUUUUGGUGCUUCGGACUUGGGAAUUCUACAAGGGUGAUAUCUAUAAGAAGUUUAGAGAGGAAACAAAGGAAGCAGAAUGAUACAGUUUGUAGUCCAGUCUGUGUAACACCGCUUGUUUCAACACGCUCUGCAUUCUUUUUAUUUUCUUCUGUCAUGAGUAGCUUGCUAUUUUUCUUCUGUUCUGAAGUGACAUUAGAGAAGGGAGAAGACAGAAAAGUUGUUCUAGAAUUUUAAGUGUUAUAAUGGGGUAGAGAUUUUACUGCAGUGGCUUUUCCUGGGUGGUAUUGACCAUGUUGAUCCGAUCCAAAUCCAAUAUCAAACUCUUGGCUCUGCUUGUGCAAAGGAUCAUGAGUGGUGACUUGCCCUUUGGCUCAGAAGUCAUAACCUAUGGAAUAAGCUCUUUCUUUUGUAGAAUCUUGAGGUUGUUCGUCCUAUUUUUAUCAGAAGCUUUCCGUUUUUGCUUCGUCAUGGGGAUCAGUUAAAGAAGAAAGCUACAAGAAUCUUCAUGGAAGAGGAAAACGACAUCGAGAUUGUUUGGGACGUGACCUUUUUUUUCUGAUUCUUGGUUCCAACCAUGAAACUCCAUGUGCUUUUGCUUUUGUGUUAGGGAAAAUAUCUGUAAAAAAUCACAAUGACUUGACUACUUGAGUUAGUUAAUUGCAAAGUUUCAUUGCAACAUCUCCUCAAUAUUCACAGUUUUUUCUUUAUCUUCUUUUGGAAA